UGGAGGACAGGAAGAAAGAAUUUCAAAACAUCUCCCACAUUGACCAGUAAAUAUCUGUUCGUAAAGGAAGUAUUCUUCAUGGUCGACUCAUGCUAGUGGAAGAGUAACUUGCUUAAGUGUUUAUCUAUGAUCGGGCAUAAUGGAUGAGAAGCGGGUUGUGGACUACUUCGUGGUGGCUGGCCUGUCAGACAAUCCGCUGCCACUGCAGGAAUUCUUCAACGAAGCUGCCAUCAAGCCGACGUUCAAGCAGGACCCCAUCACUGACGUGACCAUCAUCAACAAGAACCUGGGCGAACGGACCCCCGUCGGCUACCAGUGUAUUGAUGUCACUCCAAACGGCUUCCCUGCUGACCUCAACCAUGGCAGCAUUCGCUGUCCAGAGAUGUACAUCUGUUUUAAACGAGGACGCCAUAAACCACCACUCACAGAUAUUGGAGUCCUCUAUGAAGGCCGAGAGAAGCUGAUACCUGGAUGUGAGGUUGUUCAUACUACAUCUACAGGCAAUCCUGCCAAUGUGAACAAUGGAAGCAGUUUUCGAAUAUACAUUACAUAUCGACGGGCACUGGAAUCGGCAGCAAGUGAUACUCUUGCAGUUACCGACAUCUGUGUCAUACUGUCUAACAAGAAUGAAGAACCUCCAUUAGCAUACAACAAGAUAAGCAAAAAUCUGAACAAAGGAGUGGUUGGUUCUGACGUGUUCGUCUGCUACAAAAAGUCCAUGAACAAGACCGAUGUCAUCUCAUACAAACCAGAAAUCCUAGACCGGUACCCGGAGGAGGACUAUGAGAACUUUCCGAUGCCCGACUCUGUGCCGAUGUUCUGCUUACCGAUGGGAGCCACGGUGGAGUCAUGGCCAGCCAAAGCUCAACACCCACUUCCUAUAUUCUCCACAUUCAUCUUGACAGUACCCAACGCCAAGGUGUAUGGAGCUGCGGUGACGUUCUAUGAGGAAUACGGAGAUGGGGAAGUUGGUCUCUCGGAUCUUCAGUUGCGAUCUCUCGGAUUGAAAAACAAACACAUCCGAGAACAGUAUCGGGUUUCAAAAACAAUCCACACCAACAAGUCCAUCUGUCUGCUCUCACACUGGCCAUUUUUCGAUGCGUUUAAGAAGUUCCUCUCCUACCUGUAUAAAAACUCCAUCACCGGUCCUCACACUGUGCCAUUAGAGAGACAAAUCUCUCACUUCAUGUUCAAUGUUCCCUAUCCAUCACCUGAAAGACCCAGGAUUCUUAUUCAGCUGAAUAACGAGGCCCUGUCUCUCUGUAUGCCAGAAGACUCCCCACUUCCACAAAACGGUUCGUCAUUCAUCACUUUGUUGAAGAACAUGGGGCCAGAUAACUGCUUGAGUAUAUUGUACUAUGUUAUGAUAGAAUGCAAGAUUCUUAUCCAUUCUCUCCGACCGGCAGUCCUCACUGGAGUGGCUGAAGCUGUGACCUCGAUGAUCUUCCCGUUCCACUGGCAGUGUCCGUACAUUCCUCUGUGUCCUCUCACUCUCUCCGGAGUUCUCAGUGCUCCCUGCCCGUACAUUGUUGGUAUUGACUCCCGAUACUUCGACUUGCAUGACCCUCCGCCUGAUGUGAUAUGUGUUGACCUGGACACCAACAGAAUUUGCCUGCCAGAAGAAAAAAAAGGUCUUGGUCAUAAGAUGCUGCCAAAGAAACCUGCUCGCGUGCUGCUGGAGUCCCUUCAUCGGUUGUUUGACAUUCUCGUUCUCCAGCCCGAUCAGCCCCACACUACAGACGAGGUCUCUCUCGAAAUGGCACCCAUUGACUACGACUUCAAGAGGAAAAACAAAGAGAUGAAAUUGGAGCUACAGAUACAGGAGGCAUUUCUACGGUUUACGGCCAGUCUGUUAAAAGGCUAUAAGAAUUACCUGAAUCCCAUCCUCGAACGGCCCACACUGAGAGCCACUGACGCAGCUGUUCUGUUCGACAUGCCCAGUAAGUGUUACACAAAUCACAGCGUGGACGAAACCAAAGAUGAACCGAAAUUGAUUGAAAUAGAACACAGUCACAAAAGUGAAAGAACUGUGUUCAUUACUCCACCUGAGCCAACUGGUCUGCCUACAGGCAUGGAAUAUAGCUACAAUGGAUUCCCUCAGUUAAAUCCAGAGCUGUUUCUUCCUAAAGCACCUUCGGUCGCCUCUUUAGGUGUCAAGUCAUUACCAUUGACAUUCGGUUCAUUAGUACGCAGAACAAAACAGGAGAUGCGAUCGGCUCAGAAGACUGCUCACGUACAGAUCCUACAUCCUCAGCGAUGGGCUAAAUGUCUUCUAAGCUACUGUUACAGUCUGUGGUUUGUUCACUUGCCAUCGUACAUUAGCACUGCUUCUAACAAGAUGGAUGCAUUUAAAAUUGCAUAUGCUGUUCUGCAAAAAAUGCACAAUGAAAAAUUGCCUAGUCCUGAUGAAAUGUGUUACCGCGUGUUGAUGCAGCUCUGUGGCCAGUACAAUAAACCUGGUCUCGCCAUUAAAGUCUUCCUCUUGAUGAAGAGGUAUGGCAUUCACCCAAAUGCCAUAACAUACGGUUUCUAUAACAAGGUGAUGCUCGAGGCAAAGUGGCCAUCUCGAUAUGCUAGAGGAGUGAUUCUGUGGACAAAGCUGCGAAAUGUUAUCCGCGGAAUUGCACAGUUUCGAAACAGUGUCAGAUACCGACGUACAUCUACCUGCUCGUACUCAGGGAGUGAGUGUGACAAGAUUAGUCACACGAGCGAGGACAGUUACCUUGAAGAGGCCUCCAACUCCCCCAAGCCGGAUGUUCAGGAUUCAGGUUCAAUCAUCCAGGGAAUUCACAAAGGCUGCAUUGAAGAAAGUCUAAGCACAGGUGGGGCCUCCGACAGAGGAUACAGCUCAAUGACCCAGGAGGACGUGAAGCAGAUCUCCCAGCACAUCAAUAGUGGCGAGGGGUCAAGCGACUCAAGCAAAACCAAAGAGGUGAAGCCCAUCGCGGACACACGUCGGCGGUCCAUGCAGUCCGACAAGAGAGACAGUGAGGAAGUAUGUCAUCGACCAUCCUGCUGUCAGCGUCGUCUCGGCAGUAUUGUUCUCCGAUCUGGAAACACCAUGAGCGGUUACAGCAAUGUCGACACGGUGAAGGGAAGCAUCAUUAAUAAUUCAGCGGGUCUUCUGAUGGUAAGCCAAAGCUCUUUGGAGCAUCACACGUUCAAUCUGUCCCGUGAUGCUGAAGAAUUUAUGGACAAGAAGAGACGUCGCCACAAGAGUGUUGGCGAGUUUGUAAAGAUGCGAUCCAACAGUUUGUUUGCUAGCUGGAGACCGCGGCACUCGAGUGGUGAUGAUAAGAUGUUGAUGCGUUUCUCUGAACUGCAGUUGAAGGAACGUGUGGUCAAAAUUCCCGAGAAUGUUUCCGCAGACGAUAGUGUGUUUACCAACAGUGCGGAAUAUUCUUCCCAGAAAACAAAGGAUGAGAAAGACAGUGGUGUGGAGCUGAACGAAAACCACAUGCUGUUCAGUGAUAGCGACGAGCACACUGACCCCAAACACACUCGCUUCUGUGAUAAUAGUCUGUCCAAUGGUGCUACGUGCAAUAGGUCCACUUCCCUGCAUGAUGAUGAUGGCGACAAACCGAUCUUCGAGUCCACACGCAAAGCCCACACCCCGUGCACCGAGAAUGACCCAUUGGGGCAUUUCACCGGUGCCUCUGUCCUAGACUCUGCUCCUCUCAUAUCCUUUUCUCCAAGUCAUUCUCCAAAAAGUCUCGUCUCACUGUGCACUAGCACCCCUUAUCCCACUGUGUUGAAUCACAGCAAGGAAACGGAUGGCGACAGUGUAUGUAAACAGUUCAGUGAUUCCUCCAGUUCAGCAGAUCCGUCAAGUCUAGCUGUCAAGCUGGAUAUUCACGGCCUUGUCGAGCCUUCCAAGAGAAAGCCGGACUUGGGUAGGACUAGUAGCUCUCCAAACUGCUUGGCUGAUCUAAUAGAAAUUAGGCCCAACAUUCCAGUAAAGAGUCAGAGCAUGGAUGAGGACCAUCCUCCGAUAAACUCGACUUCAUCAUUGAACGAGUUGGGGAGGUUUGAGAAGACGAGUGAAUAUCUGUUGCGACGGACCCGCAGUUUGAAGAAGACCAAUGAGGCAAUAACAGGUUUCCUCAAGUUCGCAGCUAGAGGGGCUCGGGGAGCCGUCAACAAGCUGAACGAGUUCAAACAGUCAAUGACCACGCCCAUCAAAGACGGCUCAACGGCAUCGCUGUCAAAGUCGAUUGACGAAGACAGCGGGACGGGCGACGAAAGCAACUGCGCCACAACGCCAAGCCAGCCUAAGUUUGGCAGCUGUCAGGACAUGUUUAGUGAACACAGCACCACAGACGAUAGUGUCGGACAUGGCAACUCGCAGGUGUUGUUUGAUUUUGGAGCAUCUCCCUGUCCGGAGGAUCGCUGUGAGUCGUUUGACGUGAGCAUACAGUCUGACUCCAUCGACCAGCUGUGGGGCGGCUCGGACGAUCUGGCAGUGGAGGUGGAGAUGAGCAGCUGCUCACGGUGUUUCCGUUGUCACAGUCUCAUGUACGACGAGGAGAUCAUGGCCGGCUGGUCCGCCGACGAGUCCGAUCUUAACGCCAGUUGCCAGUUCUGUCCGUACAAGUUCGUACCUAAUCUGCAUAUCUAUAUUAAGGAUUGGCGAUGUGACGGCAGCAACACCAAAGAAAAGCCUUGUCUCCAUAGUGAAGUUGAAAAGCUAAAGCAUUCGGUACAGUUUGAAGACAUUUCACUAGGGUCUAACAGUGUCGCAUCUCAUGUUAACAAGGGGUGUAAAUCAGAGCAGUCGGCAGUUACUGGCGAGAGUUAUUUCGACAUGAAACUGUCAUCUCGGCAGCGGUCAACCAGCGAGUGUCUGACGGGGUGUACGGAGUCGGCCCAUUCUAGAAUGUCGUCAACCGAGUCCAUUGACACGGUCGGCCAGUCAGACACUUCAGUACAGUUAUCGGUGAACCCGUCAACGAAUCAACAGGAAAUGUUCCAAGGAGUCAUGUCGACAGUAACUGAAAUGCAAAAAGAUUUCAUGACAAGGUCUGCCUGUUCGAUAGCACCGAUUGCUGUUCCGUACCUUAGUCCCAUUGUGUUACGGAAGGAGAUCGAACACAUACUUGAAAACGAAGGAGAUGAAUGCAUGUCCACUUCAAUGUUUGUCGACGACCAUAGCAUUGUCUACUGGAAUCUAAUCUGGUAUUUCAAGAGAAUCGACUGUCCUAGUCACCUGCCUGGUUUCCUCCUCACCGCCAGCAGCAUCACCAAAAACCCAGAAAAACCGUGUAAACACCAUUCAAUGUACGACCACAGAAAUGUUUUGUUGCAUCCAAUGUGGGAUAACGUACGCAUACAUGAUGAAGUUGGGCUUCCACUCUACACUUCCUGGGAGUCUGGCCAGCACUCAUCUGUUGUGGAUGCUCUUGUGACCGAAACACAGCUUGUUAGUAGACCUGUGAUGCAUCAGAUAAUUUCCAACAUCCAGUGUAACGACGUGUUGUCCCCCAUCAAGCUGAUGGCAAACAGUCGGCGCCGGGUGCGCAAGAAGAAACACCAGUUCCGCAGUCUGUACCGUGAGAUUCUCUUCCUGGCCUUCAGUGCCUGUGGCAGAGAAAACAUUGACCAUGAUGCAUUUGACCGGGAAUUUAAUCUGGCUUUUGCAAAGCUGACGAGUGCUGAACAGAGGCGACUUCAGCCUAAUGAUAAACCAAAAACAGAUCGCGUCAUCUGUUGUAGGCGUGCAUUUGGCGACUUAGAGAUAUGAACCAGUUGUUUAUUUGAUGUGGACUGUCUGUUAGGGACUGGUGUUAACUUGGUUCAGUUGACCAUUUGCCGUGCAAUCUUUAUAAAGCCAGUGAUACUGUAUAUCAGAUGUUAUUGGAAGUACAUCACUAUUUUGGGUUAUGUUGGGGGGUUUUGUUUGGUUUUAAUACUUGUGUGACAUGCUCUUCAUUUGUUGUAAAACAUGGAGGUGAGAAAUUUAAUGGGGUUAAUGUCUAUAGCUUCCUGUUCUUGAAUGAUGGUAGAAUUAGAGCGAAUGUGAUUCUAGAACAGUGGGUUUUUUUAUCUCUGGUUGGUAGACCAGUACCUGUGCAUAUAUUUAAUCUCGCUCGGUUGAUUUUCCCAUUAAACUGAUUCUUUUCUACAAGUAAAUGAAAUGAUUUGGUUGUAAUUAUGGGGAUGUUGUUCAAGAUAUAAUUUUUACAUGUUUAAAGUGGUAAAAAUUCAAAGUGACACUUUUGCACAAUAAUUGAUAUUGGGGUCAUGGCUGGUUCAGUUGAAUUAAGGGCAUAAUUUGAAAAAAACUAAAUAAACAAACAUGCUAAAUUAGUUUACUAAAUAAAAAGAAGAAAAACUAUCAAAUGUUUUUACACAGUAUAUUUUUAAAAAUACAUUCCAAAAAUUUCAGUUACAAAUAAAAACAAUUUUGCAUAUAUAUUUUGCAGACUACCAGAUUUCACAGAAAUUUAUGUUUCCGGUUGUGUGUUGGUAGCAUGUUGGCAAAAUCAUGAAACCAAUAGUCCAUUACCAUGUAACUUAAGCCACCAUUACUGAAAAAGUGUUUCCAAUGAAAUUUUAAAUCCUGAGGCCUGUUUUAGUAUAAAAAUUUAUAGUACUAAUUAUAUCAACAAGAAAGAAUUGUUUUUACCAAAGACGUGUUCCAAUGAAAAGGUUUUUAAAAUUUAAAUACAUUUUUCUCAGAAUUGAAAAAAAAAAGGUGUUGGUUUGAUCCUAGUUUGUUUUUGGCAGAAAACAUGCCUUUAUACAACUUUGACAGAGCUCUUUUAAAUGUGGUCUGGUAGUCAGCGUGUCCCCAUCUUCAGAGAGGGUGAUGAACACUGCUCUAGAAAACUUAUUUACUGUGUGAAUGUUUUCAGAGUGAAUAGUGUCGCCAAGUUCUGUAAUCUUUUAACACAUGUGGAUGGAGUGAAUGAGUUCUAAUUAAUGCAGUAAGGUAUAGAUGCAGACCUGAUAGUGUUAAAAAUUACAAUGAGGAAGUGGCUAACAACCUCUGUUAGGUUUCUCAAAUAGUGUUGAAAUAGUAUCUGUACGGUUUGAUGGGUUUAGAAACUAUUAGGUAUGAUCAUUUGAGGACACAGUUAUGAAACGAGGAACUGUUGUCAACUGAAAAAAACCAGUGCUAUGUUUGGUGUGAAUACAAUUUUUAAAGUGAGGAAGCAGUUGUGUAGUUAUUUGAGGAAAAGGUGCUGCUUUCAAGUAAGGAACCUGUUCUGUUUUUCUGGUUUGAAUACAAUUCUUCAAGUGUAGAAACUGCUGUAUUGUGAAAUGAGGAAAUUCUACUGUUUUCAAAUUGGAAAACUGAUGUAUUCAGCUUAGAAAAUGCAAUUCUUCAAAUGGGGAAACUUGUUGGGAAAUGAGAAUAAGGUGCUGCUCUGUCAAAUGAAAAAAAUGUCUGGUUAGUUAGCAAAUAGUGCUGUGUUGUCAAAUGAAGAAAUCAUGCUGUAUUGUGAAGUGAGAAAACAGUGCUGUAUCAAAUGAUCAAACUUCUGUAUUAUCAAAUGAGGAAUCGGUGAUAUAUUACCAAAUCAGGAAGCAGUGCUGUGUUGUCAGAUCAGGAAACUUCUGUUUUGUUUGUGUGAAUACAGCUGUUCAUAUGAGAAAACCUAAUACUUUGUUGUCAAGCGUGUGAACAGUAAGUGAAGAAACAUUGGUGUGUGACUGGUAUUUGUCCUCAGUUUGGUUUGUAACUUCUCUUCCAGUAUUCCAUUGGAACGCUUGUAAUUGUGGUGUGUGAAAACAGCAGAUAAGGUUAGUAUGGUUGUUUAAUGAAAGCAAUUUCACCACCCUUGUCAAAGUAGCCUUUUCACAGUAGGUUUUCAUAAUUUAACAUACUCAUUUGCUCAGUUAGGAAUACUCAUCCAUAGGUUUUGUUUUAUGAAUAUGUCAGUGCCGUACGUUCAUCUAGUCACAAAAUAUAGGUGUAUUAAGUUUAUCGAGUUGUCGUCCUUGUGUUAAAGAUGUAGGUGUAAGUCUAAUGUAGGUAAAUAGUGUAUUCCUGUACCCCUGUGUAUGACUGAAAAUUAUUUACAUUCAUGAAUAUAUUGAUUAUAAAGUGUGGAUUUAUGUUGCACCCCUCACCCGCUGGCCCUAUAGAUAUCUAUAUAUAAUCUGAACAUUUAAUUGAGCUUUAAAACUAGAAAUUAUAACAUUUGCUUAGACUUUUUGAUUUGUAAUCACUUGUUACUUUUUUAAUUAUCUAAAAUCCUUUCGUAAUUUCACUUUGUUGUUGCACGUGACUAUUCAUGCAGAUAUUACAUGGUGGUUGGUUUUAGAAUUUAUUUUCUCAUACUUCAUUUGUUUAAUUUUUACUGGCAACAUUCAUUAAAUAUUACCUUUGAAAAUACUUGAAUGGCUGCUAAAUGUGUCGUUAUUUUACUAAGAUGCUCUAAAAUGGUAAAAUUCUUUGAAGUACAUUAAGAUAAGCAUUCAUAAAUAGAUUGUGAGCUAUGUUUUCAUCAACUAAAUAUGCUUGUUGUUUUAACAAUGCAAUAUACAAGUUACAUAGAUUAUGCCUGUCAUCUUUUUUCUUUUUCUUUUUUAUACAUCCAUUACAUGCUCUGUGCUUAUUGGUAUGUUGCUUUGUUGUAUAUUAUUUGAAUAUUAUUCUAAUUGUCAUACAAUGUCUGUUUAUGUUAAUACAUCUUUGAUGUCUGUUAUAUGUAUGUCUGUUAUUGUACUUUUGUUAUGUGGGUUUUGUCUUAACGUGUUGCUGUACGUUUUUGUGUGUUCUUUGGUUUAGAUGCCCCAUCAAAUACACCAAAUGAAUUGACAUGAUAUCUUAAGUAUUUAAUGGCAGUCGUGUUUUUUGGUCAUGUCCAAGUUACGUGUCUGGUUAGUUUUUGUUCCUCUUUACUUUCUGGAACUUGUGCGUAGGUUACAGGAUUCAGCACAGUUAUAUUAUCAUUUAGGCAAGAUAAGACCAUUGGCAGUAGUUGAUAUGUUUACACUUGCUUACGAAGGCUUAGUAGAUGUGGGUGGAGAUAUAACAAGCAGUAACAUUAAAAUAAUACUCAGUUUGGGAAUUUGGAGUUUGAGUUUACUACCAUUAUUCAACUAGCAGCCUUUUUAGUAGCUAAAGUGACAUAUUUGAUUAUUUUCCUGUUUAGAAUGUCAGUGUCUUUUUAUAUUGAGCAUGUUUCUGAUAUCAUUUUAAAAAAUCUUAAGUUCUACAAACAUUUGGAUGACCAUAAAAACACUGAAUAUACAGACACUAAUAUUCUAAACCAAUUUUUUUUUUUACUUGUAUUUAAUUUUAGUUUUUAAAAAAGCUCUGUUAGUCACAAACAUCUAUAAUGGUAGCAAACACAGGACAGACCCUUUAAUAAGUUUGUCAUGGAUAUGUCUGACCGCACAAUAUAGAGGAAUUUGAAAUUGCUUCAAGCUUUUAAAGUUUUAUUAGUAUGGAAUAUCUGUGUGUCAAACAAUAUUUAUUGCCAUUCUGUUUUGCGGUCUGGGGAUUUGCCAACAGGUAUGUGAUAUCUGUGGUAUGUAAUAUCCAUUCUGUGGUCAGGUGAAUGUAAAAAUCCUUGCUGCUAAUUGGAACUCACCUGAAAUAAGAGGGUUUCCUCUAAUGCUCUAUCAAUGAACAGAUACAGAUACAGAUAGCCUGUUUCUAAGUUUCUAAACAAUGUGUUGAUAUGUAAUGGUAUAUAAGAGUUCCAUUAAAUACUGUGGUGUUAUGUUAAACUAUAUGGGGGUCAUGUUAAACUAAUAUAUAAUAUAUAUAU